AUGAAAGGCGCACUGCUUUUCCUGGCUCCCCUCGUGGGAGCCGCCGUUCUGGGAUCGACAUCUAACCUUGACCAUUGUCCUGGCUACAAGGCUUCCAAUGUGAAGCAGUUGGGCCAGACAUUGACUGCUGACCUUGGUCUUGCUGGAGAUGCCUGCAAUACCUAUGGCACUGAUCUUCCAAACUUAAAGCUCCUCGUGGAGGCUCAAACUGAAACCCGUCUCCAUGUCAUCAUCUACGAUGCCGAUGAGGAGGUCUACCAAGUUCCAGAAUCUGUUCUCCCCAGACCCUCGAGCGCAAAAGGUCACCAAAAGGAGCCCGCUCUUCGCUUCGACUUCGAAGAGAACCCUUUCUCAUUCCGCGUUCUGCGCGGGGACGAAGUUCUCUUCGACACUACUGAUACAAAGAUCAUCUUCCAGUCCCAGUACUUAAACUUGCGCACUUGGCUCCCCACCGAUCCAAAUCUGUAUGGUCUGGGUGAGCACAGUGAUUCGCUGCGUCUACCUACCUCAAACUAUACUCGCACGAUCUGGAACCGUGACGCAUAUGGCAUCCCCUCCAACACGAACCUUUACGGUACUCAUCCUGUCUACGUUGAUCACCGUGGAGAGAAUGGUACUCAUGGGGUGUUCUUCUUGAAUUCGGAUGGAAUGGAUAUCAAGAUUGACAGGACUGCUGAUGGCAAACAAUACCUCGAGUACAACACCAUCGGCGGAGUCCUUGACUUCUACUUCAUGGCCGGUCCUACUCCCAAGGAAGUGAGCGAGCAGUACUCGGAGGUCGUUGGCCUUCCUGCUAUGCAAAGCUACUGGACGUUUGGAUUCCACAACUGUCGGUAUGGUUACCAGGAUGUCUUUGACGUCGCCGAGGCAGUUUACAACUACAGCCGUGCUGGAAUCCCACUCGAGACUAUGUGGACCGACAUCGACUACAUGAGUGGUCGAAAGGUGUUCACACUAGACGAUGAGCGGUUCCCUCUCGAGAAGAUGCGCGAGUUGGUUUCGUACCUUCACAAGAAUGACCAGCACUACAUUCUCAUGGUCGAUCCGGCCGUCAGUGCCUCUGAUAAUGGUGCUUACAAACGAGGUCACGACGAGGGCGUCUUCCUGUACCGCGACGAUGAACGUAGCGAACUCUACGAAGGCGCUGUCUGGCCUGGCCCAACCGUCUACCCAGACUGGUUCAACGAAGACACCCAGAAAUACUGGAACUCGGAAUUCAAGCGAUUCUUCAACCCCAAAGACGGUGUCGACAUCGACGGUCUCUGGAUCGACAUGAACGAAGCUUCCAAUUUCUGCCCGUACCCCUGCACGAGCCCAGAACAGUAUACCAAGGAUAACGACCUACCCCCUGCGCCUCCGGCAGUCCGAUCGCCUCCCCGCCAUCUCCCCGGUUUCCCGGCUGAUUUCCAGCCCGGGUCUUCCUCCUCUGGGGCUUCUCUGUCGCAGCGUGUGAAGAGAGGUGACGUUGUCAUCGAGAAACGCAGCGUUAACGAGAAACGGAGCCAGGGUGGAAAGGGACAAAAGACCGGCUUGUCUGGUCGCGACCUCAUUAACCCGCUUUAUCAGAUCGCAAACGAGGCUGGCUCGAUUAGCAGCAAGACCAUUGAUACUGAUCUCAUUCAUGCUGGCGAGGGUUACGCCGAGUACGACACACACAAUCUCUAUGGAACUAGUGAGUCCCCUGUGUUUACUAUCAAUAAUCUUUCUAACAACAACCUAGUGAUGAGCUCGGCUUCCCGCGAGGCAAUGUUGAAGCGUCGACCCCAGGUGCGACCCUUGAUCAUCACACGUAGCACUUUCGCCGGAGCAGGCUCUCAUGUCGGCCAUUGGCUCGGCGACAAUUUGAGCCAAUGGGAUAAAUUGCGCGUGUCCAUCCCGCAGAUGCUAGCCUUCGCCUCGAUUUACCAAGUCCCAAUGGUCGGCAGCGACGUCUGCGGCUUCGGCGGAGACACGACGGAAGAGCUGUGCGCGCGCUGGGCCAUGCUUGGCGCCUUCUCUCCGUUCUACCGGAACCACAACUCGCUCGGCAACCUGGCGCAGGAAUUCUAUCGCUGGCCCGUUGUCACCGAGGCCGCGAAGAAGAUCAUCGAUAUCAGAUACCGUCUGCUCGAUUACCUCUACACUUCGUUCCACCAGCAGACCUUGACGGGUAGCCCGUUCCUCCAGCCGCUCUUCUACGUCUACCCAGAGGACAGCAAGACCUUUGGCAACGAGUUGCAGUUCUUCUUCGGUGAUUCGAUUCUCGUCUCGCCUGUCUUGGACGAAGGCGCCAGCUCGGUCGAUGCCUAUUUCCCCAAGGACCUGUUCUACGACUGGUUUACCGGUCUUGCGGUGCAGGGCGGUGGAUCCGUCAAGACGAUUACCGAUCUCGCGGUUACCGAUAUCCCGAUCCACAUCCGUGGCGGGAGCAUCAUCCCCCUCCGUACGGAGAGUGCCAAGACGACGACGGAACUGCGCAAGCGCGGCUUUGAGAUUCUCAUUGCGCCUGGUGCGGAUGGAUCCGCGGCGGGUGAGCUGUACCUCGACGAUGGCGAGUCGAUUGAGCCGGCUAGUGCCGCGGAGAUCCAGUUCCAGUACCAGGAUGGCAAGCUCAAGAUUCUAGGCCGGUUCGGGUAUCACCCUAAUGUGGUCAUUGAGGCUGUUACUCUGCUCGGGCAGAAGAAUAAGCGUCGCGAUGUUGAAUAUGAUGCUCAGAGACAGAGCAUUACAAAGAAGGUCGACAUCAAGUUGACUGGACCUGCUGAGGUGACUCUGUGA